CGAGCCCUCUCCGGCUCGCCCACUCGACCCGCGUCCUCUCGUUCCCAUGCCCGCCCGUCGCUCAGCCGCCUCCAUCUCGCUCCUUCAUCUCUCAUUAACGACCUGAGCGGCCCGCAUCCCCCGUGCCCCCUCGCCCAACGACGCCCUUGUCUGCUCGAUGAGGCUCGAAGCCAGGACCGUCGCACCCCCAUCGCUUGGCCCCGUCAAGAUGGAGGAUCGCAAGCGACCCAGCGUCCAUGAUGAUAAUGCCCCUCCUGCUAAGAGGCAAGCCGUGACUGUCAACGGUGCUCGAUCGCAUCCAGACGCUGACUUGCCGUGGAAAGAUGACAUCGAGGCUUUCCAGAAAGACGCCAUUUUGCGACAGAUGCGCGAAUACAAGCGGGAGAAGAACACGAUCGAGUCUCAGCUGAAUGAGUUGGAGAGCCGCUCAAAGCACCAUGACGAUCACCUGCGCAUAUUGGAUAUUUGGUUCGAUCAGCUUCUCGAUGAAAUCAAGCUACUUGCUGGAGAAAAACUGCCUGCUCCGUCAGGUGACUCCACUUCUAGCCGGACAGUUCCCGAAACACUUUUUUUCACAGACAGCGAGACAUUCAAGAAACACCUCUCCGGUCGCAAAGACAAGGUCCUAUCGUCACUGGCGGGUCUGUUUGCCAAGUACCCGCCUAACAGCCCUGAAAUCGCCGAUCUACAGCAGCAGCUCUCGGAGCUUUUGGCUACAGAGAAGGAUCAGGUUGUGGAGCUCCAACGUGUAAUGAAGGAAAAGGAACAGUUGUCGGACCGCUUGGACACGGCCACUCACCGCUAUCUCGUUGCCGAGAAGAAGAUUGACCGUUUAAAGAGCCAGCAGGUUCAAAAGUUGGAGCAGCAAGCAGUCGCCAGCAGCGUGAAAGAGGAGACACCAUCGGCAAGCAAUGGCUCAGAAACUGUUAAUGGCGCCUCGCCGGGUGUAGUUAGUGAGGAGGUGGAGACAUCUCGGAAUCAGGCUGUGGCAGAGGCCGUCAAAAGGAAAGAGCAGCUCGAACAGAUCGAGCAGGAAAACAAGAAACUCACUGAGGAGGUUUCGGCGCUGAGAGUAAAACUCACAGGACUUUCAGACGACGACUACGCAAAGACGGAUUUGUUCAAGGUUUUGAAAUCGCAGCAUGAAGAUGUUAUCAAGCGUAUCAACAACCUAGAAGCAACUAACAAACAACUGCGGGAGGAAGCGCAAAAGUACCAGGCAGAGCGGACGGCGUAUCGAAUAAAAAUCGAUGACGAAGCGCGUUCGUCUCUGGCGGAAUCUGAGAGCGCGGUCUCCCAGGCUGAAGCGCAUCUUGCCCGUAUUCGGAAUGCUCGUGAUGAACUUGUGGCUGAGAACAAGAUUCUCGAGGGCAACCAGAAGAACACCAGCGCAUCCACCGAACAAUCGAAAGAACUUGUUGGUGCAUGCGAGAGUCGGAUUGCUGCUUUGGAGUCGGAAUGCCAGCGAUUGCGUCUGCAGAUUGCUGAAGGACAAACGGUCGAAGGUCAGGAAUCUGCAGCCCUCGACGAACUGACGACAGACCAGCUACGUAGCAAGAUUUCUUCGCUGGAAAACCAACUGAAACUUUUGAGCGGCGAAUUGCCAUCAAUGGAAGCAGCGUGGAAGAAGGCGCAGGCAACUGCAGGGAAGAAGAUUGCGGACGUCGUGGCGUGGGAAGAAGGCGUGUCAAGAGCACACGCAGACAAAGCAAAGGCGGACCAGAAGUUCUUUGCAGCCAUGAAGUCCAAGGGCGAACUAGAGCAGCAAAUCCGCAUUCUCCGCGCCCAGGCCACAAAAUCCACCGAAGUCGUCGCGCAGCUGAAAGAAGCAGACUCACUCAGCCGCUCCCUCGUCGACAAGCUCGAGAAGCAAACCGCCGAGAUGCGCUCCCAAAUGGACGAGCUCUCGACGCGCCACCGCCAACUCGAGCAAAAAGCCGCCGAAUCCGCCCUGACAACCGAAGGCCACCUGAAGCAAAUCGCCGAGCUAAAAAAAGAAGUAGACUCAAAAGACACAUCCUGCCUCGCAGCCCGCCACGCCCAGCGCGACGCCGACACAGAGCGCGACAAGCUGACGGCCCAAGUCGCCGGCCUGGAGAAGCAGGUCCAGCUGUGGAAGAAGAAGAGCGCGGGUAAUCAGAGCACGGAAACGGCGCUUAUGGAGUCGAUGAUCCAGUGCCAGAUCUGCAAGAGUCGCUUUAAGAAUACGGUUAUUAAGACUUGCGGGCAUAUCUUUUGCGAUCAGUGCGUGCAGGAUCGGCUUACGAAUCGGGCGAGGAAGUGCCCGAAUUGCGGGAAGGCGUUUGGGAGCAAUGAUACUAUGCGUGUGCAUCUUUGAGGGUGUCUUUCUAUAUCGGAGGGGUUGGAGGGGAGGGGUUUAUUGUACAAUACCUUUUAUCUGUGUCUUUUAUUUUGGAAGGGGUUUGGAAGCUAGCGAGCGAGCGUGCGUGCGAGCGAUUUAUUGGGCGGCAGGGAGGGUCAAACUACUCAUUCGAUCUGGUCUGGGG